UUUUGUUCUAGAGCUUUUAGGUGUGCUGUCAAGCUGCUGACAUAUGCUCUCUUAUGUUUCCUUUUGCAAGCACUCAGAGCUAUGAGUUUUCCUCUUAGUACCACUUUCAUUGUGUCCCAUACAUUCGGGAAUGUUGUAUCUUCAUUUUCAUUAAAUUUUAGGAAGUCUUUAAUUUCUUUAUUUCUGCCUUGACCAAGUUGUCCUUGAGUAGAGCAUUGUUCAACUUUAUUUAUUUAUUUAUUUAUUUAUUUAUUUAUUUAUUUAUUUAUUUAUGUGAGUGCUCUAUCUGCACUAUCUGCAUGUGUGCUUGUAUGAGAGAAGGUAUCAGAUCCCUUAUAGAUAGUGUGUUUGCUGCCUCACAUAUUCUCUGGGAGAUGAAGUCUAGUACCAAGAGCCACUGUGUGUGUGUGUGUGUGUGUGUGUGUGUGUGUGUGUGUGUGUGUGUGUCUAUCUGGCUUGCCUCACCUUUCCUGUCUGCUUGCAUUGGGAUUACAGAUUCCCUAGUUUUCUUCCAUGCUCUUCCAGUUUCUUUAAGCUUCAACAAUAUUACACAUGCAGAGAAAUCAAAAUUGCCCUGGGUCUGUUAAGCCUUGCCAUGGGCCUCUCCUGGGAGACCCUUAUUUUUUUUAAAUGAUUUAUUUAUUUAUUAUAUAUAAGUAUAGUGUAACUGUCUUCAGACAACUCCAGAAGAGGGCAUCAGAUCCCAUAACAGGUGGUUGUAAGCCAUCACGUGGUUGCUGGGAUUUGAACUCAGGACUUCUGAAAGAAUGGUCAGUGCUCUUAACCACUGAGCCAUCUCUCCAGCCCCUGGGGGACCCUUCUCUGAGCCCCUUUGAAAGUUCCUUUAGAAGCCAAGGUGAUUUUGGGCCUUCUGAAUGUUCUUGGCAGGAGGCCCUCACUCCAGAGCAGAUAGGGCCUGUCUUUCAGGAAGUUUCUAAUCUUCCUCUUUCUUCUGGGCCAGGUUUUUAUGAAUGAUAAGGCAGAAGAGUGUGUGAAUCUCACAAGCCUAUACUUGUUUGCAAAGAAUGUGAGGUCUUUGCUUCAUACCUAUCACUACCAGCAGAUUUUUCUUCAUGAAUUUGCCAUGGCCUAUACUAAAUAUGUAGGAGAAACACUGCAGCCCAAAACUUAUGGCUACAGUAGUGUGGAGGAGCUACUGGGAGCCAUCCCACAGGUGGUCUGGAUAAAAGGACAUGGUCAUAAGAGAAUUGUAGUGUUAAAAAAUGACAUGAAAAACCGGCUAAGUUCAUUUGACCUUUCCCCUGUCAAUCAUGAAGACCAGCCUGCAGUCAGCAGGCAGAUCCUGGAGGUGCCAAAACCCCAUCUAGCCUCAGAGCUCCAUCUCAGAACAGGACCCAGCCAGAUGGAGCAGGAACUUGUGCAAUUGGCCAACAGCUCCCCUGUUGACCUUCUCUGUGCUCCUGUUCCUUCAUGCCUGCCAUCCCCUCAGCUAAGACCAGAUCCUGUCAUCCUGCAGCCCACUGAUCUCAUUCAGUUUGAGGAACACCCUCAGGAGCCUUUGGGAGUUUUAUUUUUAAACCAAGAAGAAAAAACAGAAAUUCCAAUACCAGUAAAGAAGGGGAACCUGUCCUGUAACUCCUCACCCAGUAGCCCAGCAUCUGCUUCUGCUCCUCCCAAACCCUCCUCAGAAGCCCCCGGGCUACUGAUUAGCAAGGAUGCAGUGGAAAGCCCAGCAAAAAAGCAGCCCAAAAAUAGAGUCAAAUUGGCAGCCAACUUUUCUUUUGCACCUGUGACCAAGCUCUAACUUCCAGUUUGAACACAGAAUUAAAUUAGGAUGGGGGGGAAACGGAUUCUACACACAAAAAUAGGCUUAAAAACCUCAUUUUAUGUCUUGACCCCAGAAGCCACUUUUAUUAAUGGUCCAUAGGGAAAUGUUUGUUUCCAACUUUCAGAUGAACUUUUUCUUACUUUAUUUCUUCCAGUUAUUUGAAAGAACUCCAUUAAGAAAUCUGUAUUAUAUUUACCAAACUUUUCUACUCUACUGUGAAUUGUGGUGGUUGGGAAGAAAUAAGCAGAGAUCAUUCAGCAGGAAGUGGAUUGAGUCCCAUUGAGCAGCCUCCAUCAUUUGUUUAAGCAAAUUUAUUUGUGGUUGUUCAAGAAGCCAAAUAUGUCCUUAAACCUGUGGGUCACACACUGGGGCAUGAGUGAGUGGCAAGAGAGCCAUUUUCAGGUUGACAGGAAAGUUCU